AUGGCCAACUUUGUGGUAAUAAAGGGGGGCUCUCAGUACAAUGCUGUAAUCGGGAGACCGGCCCUUCAGGCGCUAAGGGCAAUAACCUCCGUCUACCACCAGAAGGUGAGGUUCCCUACUCCAAACGGCGUAGGUGAGAUGAAGAGCAACCAGUACGAAGCUAGGGUUGCAUAUUCUGAUACCCUCCGUGGAUACGACCAGCCAAGGCGACAGGAGGCCAGGAUGGUCUAUAAAAACACUGUUGAAGACAUAGAUCCCAGGGUUCAAGAAGAGGUCACGUGGUUGCAACCCAUCGAGCAAUUGGUGGAGAUCCGAGUUGAUGAAGGUGGGCCAACCAAAGUACUGAAAAUGGGCUCAGGCCUAGCCCCCUCACUCAAGAUCGAGGUCGAAGACUUCUUCAAAAAGAACUUAGAUGUCUUCACCUGGAACCAUGCCGACAUGGAAGGGAUCGACGCCGAGGUUAUAUGUCACUCCCUGAACGUUGAUCCCUCAUAUCCUCCCAAGUGCCAGAAGCGUCGACCAAUGAACCCAGAGAGGUAUGAGGCGCUGAAAGAGGAGGUCGACAAGUUGAUCAACAAUGGGUUCAUCAGGGAGGCCCAUUACCCGCAUUGGGUCUCGAACCCCGUUUUGGUGGUCAAGCCUAAUGGGAGCUGGAGGACGUGCGUCGACUUCAGCGAUCUCAACAAAGCCUGCCCGAAGGACGACUUUCUACUCCCUCGAAUAGACCAGAUGGUCAACGCCACAGCAGGGCAUGAAAUACUGAGUUUUAUGAAUACCUACUCUGGGUACAACUAG